AUGGCUCCUGUUCCUGUGCUGCUGCUGGCCACUCUGGAGGAGUUGGUUGAAGCAGAAUUGAAGACAUUUAAAUGGCACCUGKCCCAGGACCUGGUGGAAGGCUUUCCUCACAUCCCAGUGAGCCAGCUGGAGAACACUGACAGACUGGACACUAUAAAGAAGAUGGUGGAGACCUACGGUCCUGAGGGAACUGUGAAGAUCUCACUGGAGAUCCUGAGGAAAAUGAGCCAGAACCAACUGGCUGAAACGCUAAAGAACGAGUAUGAUGAGGGUGAGACAACAGAACCAGCAGAGUGCUCCUUUGGUUCUAGAGGUAAGCUUAAUGAAUCAAGAAAACACCCGUUGGACCAAAGUGAUGUUGUAAACAGUUUUUUGGGGGGACGUCAUAUUGCAGCCAGUUUUAUCCGCUGGACAGGCUCUAGUUAUUGCACUCUGACUGAUCCAAUCCAGACACAAACACAAAGUUAUCAUGACCGUAAUAAACCUAAGAUUAGUUUUUUCCUUGCAGUCGAAGACAAACUGAAAUGCUAUCUCAAGAAGAAGUACGGCUGUAUAUAUGAGGGGACGUCAAAGGAAGGGGAUUUUAUCUAUCUAAAUCAGAUCUUCACUGAGCUCCGUGUGUUCGAGGGGGCCUGGGGAGGGGUCAGAGAUGAGCAUGAGGUCAUACAUCUGAACAUCAGAACACCAGCCACAGGAGAGACCACUGUUGAAGUCAAAAACAUUUUCAAACAACAGUCCGAUCAAAAGAAGCCAAUCAGAACAGUUCUAACGCAGGGCAUUGCCGGUGUAGGAAAGACUGUCUCUAUUCAGAAGUUUAUUCUAGACUGGGCAGAAGAAAAGGAGAACCAGGACAUUGGUUUCAUCUUUCCACUUCCUUUUCGCCAAAUCAACUCUAAUAUAGGGGAAGACGACUGCAGUCUAAAUGAACUGCUUCAUCAAUUCUUCCCUGACAUGGAACCAAUCAAGAGUCUAAGGAACAAGUCUAAAGUUCUGUUCAUAUUUGACGGUCUGGACGAGUGUCGACUCCGUCUAGACUUCAACAAUAAGGUCCUGACAGAUGAAACAAAGCCAGCCUCUCUGGACGAAUUGAUCACAAACCUGAUCACAGGUGAGCUUCUGCCUUAUGCUCUCAUCUGGAUAACCUCCCGGCCUGCAGCAACCAGUAAGAUCCCUCGAAAAUACAUCCAGCAGUGGACAGAGGUACGAGGGUUCAAUGACCCACAGAAGGACGAGUACUUCAGGAAAAAAAUCAGUGAUGACAACCUGGCCAGCAGAAUUAUCACACACAUGAAGUCAUCGAGGAGCCUACACAUAAUUUGCCACAUACCAGUGUUCUGUUGGAUAUCAGCCACUGUUCUAGAGAAACUGUUGGGUGAAGCAGAGAGAAGAAAGAUACCUAAGACUCUGACUGAGAUGAACAUACAUUUCCUGAUCUUUCAGAUAGACAGAAUGAGAGAAGCAGAAAAUUCCACAGGAAGUGACAGCAUAGUCCUUAAACUUGGAGAGCUGGCAUUCCGUCAGCUGGAGAAGGGACAUCUUAUCUUCUACAAGGAAGACCUGAGAGAGUGUGGCAUUGAUGUCACAGAAGCAUCAGUGUACUCAGGUUUAUGCACUGAGAUCUUUAAGAUGGAGGGAAGGACGUGUCAGAAAACUAUGUUCAGCUUUGUGCAUCUGAGCAUCCAGGAGUUUCUUGCUGCUGUAUACGUGUUUUUCACAUUCAUAAACUGCAAUGAGAACCCACUGGUCAAACAGAACACCCUUGUCAAACUUUUGAAAUGUCGGAAACACCAACAACCUAUGAUUGACUUAUACAAGAGUGCAGUAGAUCAGGCCUUACAGAGUGAGAAUGGACACCUGGACCUUUUCCUCCGCUUCCUUCUGGGCCUCUCACUGGAGUCAAAUCAGACUCUCCUACAAGGCCUACUGAACCAGACAGGAAGAAGCUCACAGACCAAUGAGAACAUAAUUGAAUACAUCAAGAAGAAGAUCAGGAAGAAUCCCUCUCCAGAGAGAUGCAUCAAUCUGUUUCACUGUCUGAAUGAACUCAAUGACCAUUCUCUGGUGGAGGAGAUCCAAACCUACCUGAGCUCAGGAAGUCUUUCAGAGGCCGAACUUUCACCUGCACAGUGGUCAGCUCUGGUGUUUGUGUUGCUGACUUCAGAAGAGGACCUGGAUGUGUUUGACCUAAAGAAAUACUCCAGAUCAGAGGAGGGUCUUCUGAGGUUGUUGCCAGUGGUCAAAGCGUCCAGAAUAGCUCUGUGAGUUCCUGUAUUAACUUCAUGCUCAAUAUUAAUUGGAAAUCUAUUCAAAAAUCCAACAACUAAUAAGUCAUUAUAAUUAAUAAGGCAUUUUAAUGAUAAUGGAUGAAUAAUUUAAGAACCCUAAAGGAGAUCCUUUAAAGGGGCAAUCCAGGAUUGGUACAUUUAUUUUUGGAAUUUUGUAUUAAUCAUAUAUAG